AUGGUUCAAUCCUCCGUUCUGGGUUUCCCCCGUAUGGGGAAGAACCGUGAGCUCAAGAAGGCCACGGAGGCAUACUGGUCGGAGAAGAUCUCUCGCGAGGAGCUUCUGAAGGAGGGGAAGAGGCUGCGUCUGGAGCACUGGCAGAUCCAGAAGAAUGCUGGCGUCGACAUCAUUCCCAGCAAUGACUUUGCCUUCUACGACCAAGUCCUGGACCACAUCCAGCUCUUCGGCGUCGUCCCGGAGAGGUACAGGAAAUACAACCUCCACCCCCUUGAUGAGUACUUUGCCCUGGGCCGUGGUCUGCAGAAGCCCGCCAAGGAUGGUCAGCCUGCAAUUGAUGUUCCCAGUCUGGAGAUGGUGAAAUGGUUUGACUCGAACUACCACUAUGUCAAGCCCACUCUCCAGGACAACCAGGAGUUCAAGCUGGCGGCCGAACCCAAGCCCGUUGUUGAGUUCCUCGAGGCCAAGGAGGCUGGUAUCAUUACCCGCCCUGUCAUCCUUGGACCUGUGUCGUUCUUGACCCUGGGCAAGGCCGACCGUGGCCAGACCACUGCUCCUAUUGACCACCUUGACAAGCUCCUUCCUCUCUAUGUUGAACUCCUUACCAAGCUGAAGGAGGCUGGCGCCGAGGAUGUCCAGAUCGAUGAGCCUGUUCUGGUCUUCGACUUGCCCGCCAAGUCCAAGGCUGCUUUCAAGCCCGCCUACGAGAAACUGGGUUCUCUGGGAAGCAAGGCCCCUCGCAUCAUCCUGGCCACCUACUUCGGCGACAUUGUCCACAACAUCGACGUCCUCCCUGCUCUGCAUUCCCUCCACGGCAUUCACAUUGACCUUGUCCGAAGCCCCGAGCAGCUUGACACCGUUAUCGCUGCCCUGGGUCCUAACCAGGUUCUUUCUGCCGGUGUUGUCGACGGUCGUAACAUCUGGAAGACCAACUUCAAGGUUGCCAUCGAGAGAGUCGAGAAGGCCAUCCAGAAGCUUGGCAAGGACCGAGUCAUCGUCGCUACUUCCAGCUCCCUCCUUCACACACCUCACACUCUCGAGAGCGAGAAGAACCUCGACCCUGAGGUCAGGGAUUGGUUCAGCUUCGCCGUCGAGAAGACCAGCGAAGUGGUCGUGAUCGCGAAGGCGGUCACCGACGGACCCGAUUCGGUGCGGGAACAGCUCGAGGCCAAUGCCAAGUCGAUUCAGUCUCGUGCCUCGUCCAAGAGAACCAAUGACCAGAAGGUCAGGGAGAGGCAGGCCGCCGUCACGGAGGAGAUGCACAACCGCAAGUCUCCUUUCCCUGUUCGCAUUGCUGCCCAGCAGAAGACCCUCAACCUCCCCCUGUUCCCUACCACCACGAUCGGAUCUUUCCCUCAGACCAAGGAGAUCCGUAUCCAGCGUAACAAGUUCACCAAGGGCGAAAUCACCCAGGAAGAGUAUGAGAAGUUCAUCGAGAAGGAGAUCCAGGAGGUCGUCAAGAUCCAGGAGGAGCUGGGCUUGGACGUCUUGGUCCACGGUGAGCCGGAGCGUAACGACAUGGUCCAGUAUUUCGGCGAGAAGCUUACUGGGUUUGUCUUCACCACCAACGCCUGGGUGCAGAGCUACGGCUCUCGUUGCGUGCGCCCUCCGAUCAUCGUCGGAGAUAUUUCCCGCCCUGGCCCAAUGACGGUCAAGGAGUCCAAGUACGCUGCGUCGAUUACGAAGAAGCCCAUGAAGGGCAUGCUCACUGGACCUAUCACUUGCCUUCGCUGGUCCUUCCCUCGUGACGACGUUCACCAAUCCGUACAGGCUCAGCAGCUUGCCCUUGCCCUCCGUGACGAGGUUUUGGACCUUGAGGCUGCUGGUAUCAACGUCAUCCAGGUCGACGAGCCUGCCCUGCGUGAGGGUCUGCCGCUCCGUGCUGGCAAGGAGCGUGAUGACUACCUCAACUGGGCAACCAAGGCGUUCCGUCUUGCCACGGCGGGUGUUGCCGAUGGCACUCAGAUCCACUCCCACUUCUGUUACUCUGAGUUCCAGGACUUCUUCCACGCGAUCGCCGCGCUGGACGCUGAUGUUCUGAGCAUUGAGAACAGCAAGUCGGACGCGAAGCUCCUCAAGGUCUUUGUUGACGAGGCCUACCCUCGCCACAUUGGCCCAGGUGUCUACGACAUCCACUCUCCUCGUGUGCCGAGUGAGCAGGAGAUCAAGGACCGCAUUGCCGAGAUGCUUCAGUAUCUCCGGCCUGACCAGCUCUGGAUUGACCCUGACUGCGGUCUGAAGACCCGUCAGUGGCCAGAGACCAAGGCAUCUCUCACCAACAUGGUGAACGCUGCCAAGUACUACCGCCAGCAGUACUCCAAAUAA